AUGGCGUCUGAUCCUGGCAGCAGAGCGGAGGAACAGCCACCAGCGCUGCCUGUCAAACAGCACAGAGGCUCCAGUGUGGGGUCUGACUGUGUCAUGCUCAGCCCUGUCGGACUCCAGCGUCAGAACUACGCAUUCAACGAUGUCUUCCUUGAACCCACUGAUUGUCAUGCAGCCCAGUGCCCCAUACACCAGCGAUACGAUCCCUCCCGACACCAGGAGAGAUUUUUCUCUGAUGGCACCCCGCCGCCUGUUCCAAAGAAGAGGUUAGCUCGUACCCUCUCCCUCCCUGGCAUCGAUGGGCCUCCACUCUCUCCUCUGUCUCCACUGCAAAGACACCCUCAAAACUUUGACAACCCCCUGUACAUGCUGGCACCCAUAUCAGACACCUGCUGCCACGAGGAGACAGAAGAGUUUAAAUCAGCCAGAAGGAGUCCUGUCCCCUUGUUGCCGUUGUCCGAGCUGUCCUUUCACACCCCAGACGAACAUCUGCCCUACCUCUUCAGCAGCUUUGACGACCAGAGGGUUGUUUGUCAGGGGAUUCAGCAUCGCCAUCUUCUCUUCCUGAGAAGUAUGGCACAGAGCGUGGAGGCCGGUAUCCUGCUGCAGGGAGAGGCCACAGAGAGGGACGUCAGCUCAUACCAGCCUCAGGAUUUCCUGCUGUGCGAGGGCAGCAAGCCUAAGCAGAUUGGAGACACAGUUUACUACGGCCUGCGCAGCCCCAAGCUUCCAGGGAAGGUGCUUGGUUUAAGGGUGCACAAGCAGACUGAUGAAGCUUCGUCAGCUCACACCCAACACCAGUCAUCGCAUGUCAAUGUGCAAGAUAUUAUUGCUCAUUUCCAGCCAAGCAACACAGUGAAGAAUGAUUCCAGCAUCUUGCAGGCUCAAGAUCCCUCUCCUCCUUUAAAGUCAGACUGCACUGCCGCUAAACCAGCAGGCGGAGGCAGCACUGAGAACUCCACAGAUUGCAUGAACAUUAACCUGCCCUCAGUUCAGUCUUUCCUCCAGAAAGGACACCCAGUUAGCGUUGAGAGAGACCUGCCACACGCCACUCUAGAGGACUUUGUUCAGGAUAGCUGCUUGCUGCAGAGCACAGAUUGUUUGCAUUAUGACAGACAGGUAUGUGUUCUGUUGCUGCAGAUAUUAAUGGGCUCACAACAUCUGUACGUCAGUGCCACGGCAGCUGAGUUCAGACCUCGGAAGAUCUUUUUAGUGUGGCCCAACGGAGAGAAGAGAGACGGAGAAAACGUGUUAGAACAGGAUGCUUCUGAAAUGAAGGAGGGCUUCAAGACCAGUAGGCCUAGAUUUAAAGAAGAAAUGGAGUGGGAAAAGACAAAGAAAGGAACGAUCCAGAUGUCAUGGAGGUCACACGGUUCCCCUCGUGUAGUGUUAACCCCGCUAUCAUCUGCUCUUUCUGUACCUCACCCCCUCACCUACAUCAGAUCCCAAAUUGGAGCGCUAAUUCAAUACUGCCUCGACUCACAAGAGAGCCUGACACCUCUGGGCUCAGUUCCAACUCUGCCCAAGUCCUCUUACCGCAGGGGGCUUCUUUAUCUGGCCUCUGAGCUCCAGAGUGAGAGCAGCGGGCCACAGAUGCCUGACAUGGUGGCCAUGCUUCAAGUGCUCCUCUGGGGGCCACGUGACCCACUCUUCAAUCACAGAGGCUCUACGACCGCCACUGUACACAACUGGCUGACGGUCAAGCGGGCCCUGCUGGUGAUGAAGUUGGCAGAGAGAGGGCUAGUCCAGGAUCAGUCUGUUCUGGACUGGGAGGACUGUAUGUGCCUGCAUUACCUGUCAUUUGCAGACCCUGAGACAAUUGUGAGCGUGACCAGUCAGCUAUGGCUCACUCUGAAUAUGGACUGACAUUUAGAGUGAAAAGUUGGGAGUCAUGGGAGUUGAUGGUUAAUUAGUCAACCAUCAGUCGCUUUAUGUACUGUGGUCAAAAAUACACUAAGAAUGUGUAUGUAGUUUCCAUCCUUCAACAAUGUUUUCCCUAUACUGCUCGUCAUAAUGCAAACCGAUCUAAUAAAAUGCUCGACUUGUUCAAAUGAGUGAAUAUUUGCUGCUGUAAAAUCAGUCAU